AUAAUCAUUUUGUGCCUGAGCUAAAAAGGAAAAUAAUACAAGAGGCAUUUUGGAAUGAUGAGCUCCAUCAAGAAAUUGUUGACCAUCAAAUAGACUUUAUCUUUCAUAAGCCAGACUGCCGAGAAAGGUGCAUGAUGGACAUUGAUAAGCAGAGAGCACUUGUACCAUAUGAACAUGAAUGUCAUUCUCUGUGUAAAGAAAGAGGUUGUGGAGAGCUUUUUGUUACUGAUGGGAUUUGGAAGUUGGGUUAUCCAAUUUGUCUUUUUAAAGUCCCUAUUACUGUUGAAGGGAUGACCAUCAAUUUACCAGACUGUUGUCCGUUUGAACCAGAACACGGAAAGUUAUUUUGUAAGAAACAUGCUUCAGAGCUAAAAGAUGCUGGAAUUCCUGAUAAUCUUCUUGGCUAUGCAAGGCAAAUUCAAAAAGAAGUUGUUGCCACAACAAUGGACUGUUGCAAUGAAGAUUUAACUGAUGAGCAGCACAUGGCACUUGAAGACAUCUUUAAAAGACUGAAUUAUCAAAAAAAGGAUUCCAUUGCAACAGUUGAUAUGCAAGGAUCAAGGGAAUUAGUCAGUAAGUAUCCAGGCCUUUUAGAUGAAAAUCAAGAAAUUACACUAUGCAGAAAAGAUACGGGAACAUCUAAGAGGUUACGCCAGUGGUCUAGAGGCUAUCAGUUUAUUAUUAGCGGAGGAGGCCAUAUUGAAAUGUUCUCUCCUCUAUAUACGUCUGAAUCACCAUCGCAGGUAUUUCUUUUCCUGGUUAAUUACCUUGCUAAGAAACUUGAGCAUGUGCCAGUAGAGAAAUGGAAAGACGUCUUUAUUGCAUACGACAAUAUGUGUAACCUUGAUCGCAUGAAGGCUACAAAGAAAGAUUUGCCAUUACCUCCACCAUUUAAUAAAAUGUGGAGUUCUGUCUCAAAGAUUAUUGAUUCCUUCCACUUAAGAAAUCAUAAAGGCGAAAAUUGUAAAUUGCUGUACAAUCCUGAAAAGUUGAAAGUGGUCCAUGAGAAUUAUAAUACUCAAGCUUGUGAACAGACUUUUUCAUGGCUCAGCCGUUUUCAUCGCAUACUAUCGUCUGUUCCUAGAGUCCACAACCAUUUCUUUCUUCAUAGAAUGGUGAAGAAACGGAACAAAUAUAACAGUUACUGUUAUUCUCAGGGCAAAAAACCAGUAUUACCUAAUGUUAACCAUUUCAGUAAUUGAAUUUAAUACUUAAUAUUGUUAUGAUUUCUGUUAUUAUUAAUUGUUUUCGUUGUUGUUCAUCAUUGUAUUGCAAUUAUUAUAA